AUGAUAAGUAAAAGAAAGAAGAAAUCAGAUACAAAAGUAUACGCUUUAGGUCAACAUAUACGCAUGUCUGCCCAUAAAGCACGAAGAGUAAUUGAUCAGAUUCGUGGACGUUCCUAUGAAGAAACACUUAUGAUACUAGAACUCAUGCCUUAUCGAGCAUGUUACCCCAUUUUUAAAUUAGUUUAUUCGGCAGCAGCAAACGCUAGUCACAAUAUGGGUUUCAACGAAACGAGUUUAGUUGUUAGUAAAGCCGAAGUAAACGAGGGUACUACUGUGAAAAAAUUCAAACCUCGAGCCCGAGGACGGAGUUAUCCGAUAAAAAGACCCACUUGUCAUAUAACUAUCGUAUUGGAAGAUACAACCGUAUAUGACGAAUAUGUCAUAUCACACGAUACAUAUAGUAGUGGAGGCUUAUGGGACAAAAAAUAA